AUGAUCAAGUUCAAUGGCUCAGUCUUCAAGCCUUCUGUGUUAACACUAGUGGGGAUCCCUGGCCUGGAGUCAGUGCAGUGCUGGAUUGGAAUUCCAUUCUGUGUCAUGUACAUCAUUGCUAUGAUUGGGAACUCCCUAAUUUUAGUUAUAAUCAAAAGUGAAAAGAGCCUCCACAUACCCAUGUACAUUUUCUUGGCCAUUUUGGCAGUCACAGACAUUGCCCUUAGCACAUGCAUUCUUCCCAAAAUGUUGGGCAUCUUCUGGUUUCACAUGCCACAGAUUUCCUUUGAUGCCUGCCUGCUGCAGAUGGAACUCAUCCACUCAUUCCAGGCCACAGAAUCAGGCAUCCUCCUGGCCAUGGCUCUGGAUCGCUAUGUGGCUAUCUGCAACCCUCUGAGACAUGCUACUAUCUUCUCUCCACAACUCAUGACUUGCCUUGGAGCUGGUGUCCUACUCAGGGCUUUUAUUCUUGUAUCCCCAUCCAUACUACUCAUCAAAUGUCGCCUUAAGUACUACAGAACUACCAUUAUCUCCCACUCUUACUGUGAACACAUGGCCAUUGUGAAAUUGGCAGCUCAAGAUAUCAGAAUCAACAAGAUAUGUGGUCUCCUUGUUGCCUUUGCCAUCUUAGGGUUUGACAUAGUCUUUAUUACCUUCUCCUAUGUGCAAAUCUUCAUCACGGUCUUCCAGCUGCCCCAGAAGGAGGCUAGAUUCAAAGCCUUCAAUACCUGCAUUGCUCACAUCUGUGUCUUCCUGCAGUUCUACCUUCUGGGCUUCUUCUCUUUCUUCACACACAGGUUUGGGGCUCACAUACCCCCUUAUGUGCACAUCCUCUUGUCUGAUCUAUACCUGUUAGUCCCUCCUUUUCUGAACCCCAUUGUUUAUGGUGUUAAAACUAAACAAAUCCGUGACCAAGUCCUGAAAAUGCUAUUCUCCAAGAAACCUUAG